CAACCGAACAUGCAAGAAAAAUGGGAGAUAGCCACCACCAAGCUGCAACAUCGUCAAGAUUGGGGAUAAGGCACACUGAAGGUGAGAUCGUUGAGGUCCAAGGAGGUCGCAUUGUUCGGUCAACUGGAAGAAAAGACCGUCACAGCAAAGUUUGUACUGCCAAAGGUCCACGAGACCGGCGUGUUCGUCUCUCAGCUCACACCGCUAUUCAGUUCUACGACGUCCAGGACCGCCUUGGCUACGACCGUCCUAGCAAAGCUGUGGAUUGGCUUAUCAAAAAAGCCAAAUCUGCCAUUGACGAACUCGCUGAACUACCUCCUUGGAACCCAGAAACUUUAACUGCAACUACUUCAGCUUCAAAACCAAAUAACCAAGAAGACCAAAACACAACAACAGCAACAGACAAUGAUAAAGCCUAUCAGUUUCACAUCCACCACAGUGGAGACCUGGUGGAAAACCUUGCUGUUGGGUCUGGUACUCGUAGAAGAACCGCUACAAUAAUGGGAAACGAAGUUCAAAGUCUUCAGCAACAAGAAAUGGGAGAUAAUCCGAAUAAUAAUUCGGGUUUUCUUCCAUCUUAUUUAGUUUCUGAUGAGAUAGCGGAUACAAUUAAGUCUUUUUUUCCAUUGGGAGCUUCAAGUGAGACGCCGUCUUCUUCUAUACAGUUUCAGAAUUAUCCACCAGAUUUAUUGUCCAGGACCAGCAGCCAAAGUCAAGAUCUGCGGCUUUCGCUUCAGUCAUUUCCGGAGCCAAUUCUUUUGCACCACCACCGUCAAGCUGCUACAGCUCAGGCACACCAUAGUGAACCUGUUUUAUUCUCUGGAACCAGCCCAUUAACCGGUUUUGAUGGGUCUUCUUCUGGAUGGGAGCACCACCACCAACAUCCGCCGGAGAUUGGAAGGUUUCAGAGAUUGGUUGCCUGGAAUAGUAGUGGUGGUGGUGCUGAUACUGGUAGUGGUAGUGGCGUUGGCGGUGGUGCUGGUGGCGAUAGCGGUGGAGUCGGAGGAUUUCUCUUUGGCACUCCAUCACCACAGCCACUGCCAACGGCUUUUGGCCAAAACAGCCAGUUGUUUUCUCAGAGGGGACCCCUUCAGUCCAGUAACACGCCCUUGGUUCGUGCUUCGAUAGACCAGCCAAUUUCCACAACCGACGAACACCAACACCAUCAUCAUCAUCAACAUCACCGUCAAAUCCCACAUAACAUCCAUCAUCAAGCUGCUUUAUCUGGCAUUGGAUUCACCACGUCUGGUGUAUUCUCUGGAUUUCGCGUUCCAGCACGAAUUCAGGGCGAAGAAGAGGAGCACGACGGUAUUGCCAAUAAGCUGUCCUCUGCUUCCUCUGAUUCUCACCAUUGAUCGAGUAAAUUGGAGAAAAGCCAAAGUCUUUACCCUCCAUCAGUGGUCUUUCAGGAUUAGUUGAUUGUGGACUGUGAAGUCGACGAGGAGAUGUUAUGAUGGAUUCAAGACCAGUUUGAGGGAAGAUUUUGAUUAGUUUGAAUCAAUGGCCUAUGCCGUGGGAAUAAGAAAUCUGGGUGGAUUUCAGGUUAUUUGAUCCCCGGUUUGUUUAGUUUCUAUCAUUUGAUUGUGUUGUAGCUUUAAUUCUGCAUUUGAGUGGGCUCUUAGAGCUCAACUAUGGUUUCUCUUUUUUGUUGAACUUGUCAUGUGUUUCAUGUUUUACUAAACUUUUGUCUGUGAUGUUUGUUUGGUUGCUACUGUUUUCUACAGUUACUAUUGAGAUGCAAACCUAGUUUGUUCUAA